AAAUUGUAAUGUAUCAUUCGUAGUUCAUAAUUCAAAUUUUAUAACAGCAUAUACAUAACCUAUGAUGAAACGAUUUCAUGAGACAAAAUUAUUUCGGCAGUUUUUACCAUUUAUGAUACUUGUUAUAGGAGGUUCAUUUUUCAUUCAAGAAUUUACAAAAUUAAAGUACAAAUAUCCAAAAGUUACAUCACAGGAUUUCAAAAUGGAAAUGAAACAAAAAGGUAUUGAAAUGAAAAAAUCUUGUACUCUUGAAGAAGAAUAUGAAAAAAUAAAAACUUUGGACAUUGAUAAUUGGGAAAAUGUUCGUAUACCACGACCAUGGGAGGAACCAAAUAGUCCAAACAAUUAAGAUUGUAAAAAAAAAUUUUAUUUUAG